CCUGGGUCGCCGUGCGGCCGCCACUUCCGUCCAGCGAUCGCUGCGCCGAGGAGCGAUGACGCAGCCGUGUGGCCAGCGCCGCUCCUUCCGCUUCAGCUCGGCGGCGGGCAAGCCGGCGGCUUCGGACGGCAACAGCCGCGUGGCCAGCGCCGCGUCCUUCUUCCUGGACGCCAAGGCCGCGUGCAAGGGCAAGCGCUGCGCGCUGGGCAAGGACUACAGCGGCAUCGGCGCCAACCCGGCCACGUGCGGUGAAGACUCGUUCUUCCUCACGCCCGACGUGGUGGGCGUGGCCGACGGCGUGGGCGGCUGGAACGAGAACGGCGUGGACCCGGGCAAGAUCUCGCGCAGCCUCAUGCGCAACGCGGCGGUGUUCGUGCGCCAGCAGACGGCCAGCAACGAGAGCGCCACUACGCAGCAGGUGCUCGCGCAUGGCUACAACCAGGCGCUGCUGGACGACGAGGUGGAGGCCGGCAGCACGACCGCGUGCAUUGUGAGGCUCAAGCAGUCGCCCGAGGGCAAGCCCGUGCUCGAGUACUCGAACCUUGGAGACUCGGGCUUCGUGGUCAUUCGGAACGGAGAAAUCAUCUUCCGCAGUAAAUUCCAGUACUACGGGCGCGCGCCGUAUCAGCUGGCGAAGAUCCCGCUGCGGUUCAAGCAGUACGGCGCCAUUGAGAACCACCCCGAUGAUGCGGACUCGGGCGAAAUCGACGUACAGGACGGUGACCUUGUCGUGCUUGCAACCGAUGGUGUUUGGGAUAAUUUCGCGCCUGACCUGCAGAAGGCGCCUUCGCAGUUCCCGCCUGUGCUUUCGUGGAGGCGGUACUGGUCGGGCGAGCUCGCGUCCUUCGUGGAUGUGAUAGCGGAGAACCCAUACAAGGCCGCCGAGAACAUUGUGCUGGCCUCUCUCCGCCACAACCUAAAGCCGGAUGACAUUACGGUCGUCGUGGCGAAGGUAGUCGUGAUGGCGUCGAAGCUGUAG